AUUUACGACGCCCAUUUCAUUGUGACGCGGCAACCUUGAACAUAAUCCUUAUUAGAAGCUUCUGUAAUCCUAUCUGUAACAAUUCAAAGCUGCGUGUCUCUUUCUUAAGGGAAAUUUUCAUUCGCCUGGGUGGCGUAAGGCUUGCCUGAAAUGCGAAACUCAGGGCAGUAUUUCUCAUACAGUGAACACUACCCAAGCAUCCAGGGAGCCAAAAACCCUGCUUGUAGUUGACAGCUCGGUACUCGACGUCAGGUCAGCUAACUACUGUGUGGCCCUAGUGAUGUUUGGUCUCGUUACAGGAUAACGCCAUCUGCCUCCAUUGUUUACGUCUAUAUACAUGGAUAGCGGUCAUCUGUGGUGCUCUGUGAGCAUGUGGUGGACAUAACAAGACUGGACCAGCUACAGAGCAAUCAGAGUGGAAAUACAGAAAUGGAAUUGGGAGGAGGCCGACUCUAUACCAAAAUGAGGAAUACUAGGGCUUUGAAAGAGGACAACUGUGUCAGUUUGACUGUCUGAUUUUGUGUGGGCAUUGGACAAAGGACAGCCGCUUGUUUGUCCAUAUUAAAGCUCAACCUGAGGAAAGACUACAUGAGGAAAAUAAGAAGUAAACGUUGUUGGGAGCUGGUCCACCCUUGUGGCUCUGGCAUGAUGUUGAAGACCCUACUUGUCACCAGUCUUCUUGGCUGGGUGAAAUGUCAGGAGAGCCCGAGCAUGACAUUAGAGGAGAAGACUGUCAUCAGGGACCAGAUUAUUGAAAUGUUUGAUCAUGCUUAUGGCAGUUAUAUGAAAUAUGCCUAUCCAGCAGAUGAGCUGAUGCCUCUAAGCUGCAAGGGGAGAGUCCGUGGCGAGGAGCCCAACAGAGGUGACGUAGAUGACUCCUUGGGGAAGUUUUCUCUUACACUGAUUGACACCCUUGAUACCCUGGUGGUGUUAAACAAGCUUGAUGAGUUUGAGGACGCAGUGCGGAAAGCUGUGAGGGAUGUACGUCUGGACAAUGAUGUGGUGGUGUCUGUGUUUGAGACCAACAUCAGAGUCUUGGGAGGGCUUUUGGGGGCCCAUGUGAUGGCUGAUCUGUUCCGUGAGCGUGGGGACAGGAUGCAGUGGUAUCGCGAUGAGCUUCUACACAUGGCCAAAGAACUGGGCCAUCGAUUACUGCCUGCCUUCAACACCACAAGUGGCCUUCCCUACCCUAAGGUGAAUCUGCGGUAUGGAGUCCUGAACCCACUUGCACGCACAGGCACUGAAUCAGACACGUGCACAGCUUGUGCUGGAACAAUGAUCCUGGAGUUUGCUGCCCUCAGCAGACUGUCAGGAGAACCAGUGUUUGAGGAACACGCAAGGAAGGCUCUGGAUGUCCUGUGGAAGAGGAGACAGAAAGGAAAUGAUUUGGUGGGGACCAUCAUCAAUAUUCAUAGUGGAGAAUGGAUCCGGAGGGACAGUGGUGUUGGUGCUGGUAUUGACUCGUACUAUGAAUAUCUGAUGAAGGCUUACAUUCUUUUAGGAGAUAAUGUUUUUCUGGAGAGAUUCAACAUUCACUACAGUGCCAUUAUGAAGUACAUCAGUCAGCCACCCUUGCUGCUCAACGUACACAUGCACAACCCCACUGUGAGUGUACGAAGCUGGAUGGACUCUCUCCUGGCAUUCUUCCCUGGUUUACAGGUUUUAAGAGGAGAUCUGAAACCAGCUAUUGAGACUCAUGAGAUGCUUUAUCAAGUCACCAAACAGCAUAAGUUUCUUCCAGAGGCUUUCACUACAGAGUUCAGAGUUCACUGGGGCCAACAUCUACUGAGACCAGAGUUUGCAGAAAGCACAUACUACCUCUAUAAGGCCACUGGUGACCCCUACUACCUCAGAGUGGGACAGUCCAUCGUGGAAAAGCUCAAUGCCCAUGCCAGGGUGCCUUGUGGGUUUGCUGCUGUGCAAGAUGUCCGCACUGGGACGCAUGAAGACAGGAUGGACUCCUUCUUUCUGGCAGAGAUGUUUAAAUACCUGUACCUGCUGUUUUCGGAGAAGAGCCAGCUGCCCAUCAAUAUUGAUGACUACAUCUUCACCACAGAGGCUCAUCUUCUCCCCGUGUCUCUCUCCACCACCCAAUCGCCCUGUCAAGCCAACAAUACAGACACUGGUCAUGUUUCUCAAGAAGAUUUGUUCACACACUCCUGCCCCAGCACAGAGACGUUGUUUCCUAACAACCCUUCAUUUGCCAAAACUAUCCGGGACAGCUACAAGUACCUCACUGGUGUGGGUCGAGCCUUCCACCCCUUACCUGUCAGGGGAAUUGAACUCCCAUUCCAUGAUAAUGGCAUGGAGCCAGUGGAGUUUUUAAAAAGCAUGGGCAUUUCUCUUACUCCACUGAGUGAAAUUACAGGAGGAGCCAGAAGUCAGAAGGAGCAUAAAGGAGUGUACCGGGUAAAACUUGUGGCAGAGGUAAGCCAGACCCCAGAGGAUGAGGAGGUGGUGCCUCACGUUGUUCAGCUCAUAUCCCCCCCGUUUCUGGGUAGGACAGUCCUCACAGCGGGACCUGCCAAGUUUGGAAUGGACCUCUCCAAACAGGAGCAUGGGGUGAAGGGCAGCAUAAUGAAAUCCUCCCCUUACACAGCGUGUGGGCCAAUAGAUAACGCAGCGGAGCUCAAAGGCCACAUUGCCCUGGCGCUGCGUGGUGACUGCAUGUUUGCUGCAAAGGCUCGUCGGCUGCAGGAGGCCGGAGCUAUAGGAGUCAUCUUUGUAGACCACCGUGAAGGAAGCAAUAGCGGGGAAACGCCACUGUUCCAGAUGGUUGGAGAUGGAGACUCCACUGAAGACAUCACCCUGCCUUUGGUCUUCCUGUUCAGUCAUGAGGGUGCCGUGCUUACAGCUGCCCUGGAAGAACAUCACAAUGUGGAUGUGCUGCUGCUGCCCAAGGAGAGGCAGCUGGGACAUGAAAAAACGGAAAAGCACAUCGGCAUCAACAUCAAACUCCGCCUGGCAGAGGAGGGGGAUCUGGUGGAAGGAACCGCCAGAGGACCUACCCUGGAAUUUGUCUUGGAAAAUGAAGAGCUGCUUCUUAAGGAAGAGGAGGAUGAAGAGCUCAGCAUAACCACAGCCCAACCACAGCAGCAGUCCUGCACACAGGCAACAGAGAAUGACAGAACUGAACCAUUUUCAGCAGAUUCAUCUCAAACUCCGAACUCAAAGAGCAGGCCAGACACAAAUCCUUGAUCAGUGUGGAUACCAAAGCACCCAAGCUUCUUAUCCCUGAUCACUUAUCAGUUUCUGAAUGGCAUGUGCCUCAGAACUCUUCACAAGCCUGUGUGGUACCCUAACUGACCCGGCCUGCUUGUGUACAACCAGUGGAGGAGGGUCAAGCUGAUUGAUGGGCACACUCAUAUCCUGUCUUAACGUUCAAACCAAAAGAUGGUUCUGUGUUUAUUGGACAGACAUAGUGGAGAUUUUAGUGCAGGAAAUGAGGGAUUUUGUGAGCUCGUGAGACUAAACUAGGUUAGUUAAUGGCUAAAAACUGUAAGCUGAGCUGGCUCGGCUUGUGCUACAUAAACUUAGCCUGUAGUGUUGCUAUUGUAGGCACAUAGAAGGUGAACAUUGUGCUAUUGAUGUAGGUUAACUGAAAUUUAAAAUUACCUCACCUUAGAGGGGAACAUAGAGAAGGCCUCAAAAUUUACUCAGUUACAGUUUUAUGCAAUACAGUUUGUUUUGGAAAAAAAGGGAAAACGUUUUUCAGGCACUUGAAGGUAGAGCAAGGAAUUUGUUCAAAAGCCUUUAUUUAAUCUGGCAUGUUGGUAAAAACCGACCAGUUUUGACCUCACCGGGUCUUCAUCGGGGUGGGAACAUUAAAACAAAUUGUUUGCACCUGCUAAUCUUUAUAGAUAGUACUCUGGGAGUAAUAUAAUUACGGGCAUUACAGAGCAAACACAGCAUUGUCAUUGUCAUACAAAAUUCAAAUACCUUCAUAAUAAUAUAACUCCCUCAGUGAAAAUAAAGUGAGAUGUUAUCAGAAGGGUUUAUGAUCUAUUUCUUCAUUCAAACCACAAUGUAUUGAAGCAUCAGGUAGGUUUCCCUUUGCAACACUUUUUUUCUCCACUGAUAUUAUGUUCAAUAGCUUUUGUUCUUUCUACCUAUAAUAGGCUAAUAAAGCUGGUAUCAGAGCAGGUGCCCAUCUAAAAGAAGUGGUCAGUGUUUUUUUUUGUGUGUUUUUUUUUUUUUUUUUUUUACUGAGAUGCCCAAUUAAGAAAGGGCUUUUAAACAUACUCCUUGCUCUACCUAAGGGUGCCCAGAGAGCAGUUUUUCUGUUGUUGUUGCAGUUUAUCUUCAAGACCUGGAUGUGCUGGGAGUGUUAGACUGAUUAUGGGGCCUCCUCUCCUUUUGCAUCGGCAGUGUGCUUUUAAUCUAGAUUGCACAUUUUCACAUCAGAAAGUACUGUUAUCUAUUCAGUCAUUGUGAAUGAGGUAUUUCCUGUCCAGUAGGUGGUGUUAAUUGCUAUUACUGUUCAGUAAUAUUAGUGUUAGUAGACGAUGAAAAGAAACGGGGGCCAGUUUGGAAAGUUUAUUUUAUUUUGUACUAGGAACUUCAGGGAAUUUCAUGAGUGAAUGCGGUGUGACCCAUUUGAUCAAAUGUUUGAUGAAAUACCUGUAAUAUCUUCACCUAAGACAUCAUUCCUGUCUUUACGCAGUCAUUAUUAAUGUAGCAAGGGUUUUCAACUAAUUGUGACCCAGGGAGCACCAUUCUGGCUAAGAAGAUUCACAAACAAUAAGUAAUACAUACAACUCAUACAACUCGUGAUUAAGUGAGAGCUUUAGGUAUAUUAUUAUAUAAUUAAAAGACUGGGUGUGGGUCAGAUGAGGUUUUUGUUUUCCUUUGGGUUUAAGAAUAAAUUUGUUCUCUAAAUACAUGGGAGCUAUCAGAUUGGAAAGGGUUUGAACAUGGCUGGCUCUAAAAUGCUUUGAAGCAAAAUCACAAAAUAUCUGUAGGGUGGAGAACUGCUGAUGGAGUAGUGACAGUCUGACUGGAAUGACGAACAAGGCAGUGGUUUAACCUUUAAAAGGGAUCUUCCCCCCCAAAAAAAAAAUUGUAAAGAGAGAGUUAUAAUGUGUAUGACAGUGACACAGGUGAUCAUCGGCAACACUGGGCCAAAUUAAUAUGAAUGUUCACAAAGAUACCUUGGUGAUUUUUUUUUUUUAACUUUGAAAUAGUCCCAUAUUUUAUCAGUGCUACCAGGAAGUAGUUAAGAAGAUUCACAAACAAUAAGUAAUACAUGGAAACAUGACACAUGAUUCCUACAGUAAAACUACAUUAUUAAUUGCACGGUCAGGGACCACCUGCAGUGCCUUCACAGACCAUUAGGGGGCUGCGGACCACUGGUUGAAAACCCUUGGCAUAUAGGACUGACCGGCAUGAAUCUUCUGAAAUUCUUUUGUCUUUACACAAAAUGUGAGCUGAGGUUUGUGUGGGGAAACGCUUUCUGUGAGUAUGCCUUUUUUUCUUUGCACAGUGGGCCUUUUCCUGACGUUGCAAAUCUUAAAUCCAGCAUAAUUUAUUUUUGUGUUUAGCCUUUGUUUUAGGCACAGCCGACCCCAUACCUCAGCACUGCGUACAUUACCCUUCACAGAGAAAUGGACCGUGGUCAAGACGUACGGAAUUCAUUUUAUUUUCAUGCUUUAACUUUGUGUUUAGCCGUUUUUAAGGUCUCUGUUUAUCAGUGGGGCUCAAAGUGUCAAGCGACGCACGGAGGCGGCUUUGGAUCAGGAGGUACGGUCACCCCCCAACUCGAGGUCGGAGGUUCGAUACCAGUACUCCCCAGUCCACACGUCGAAGUGUCAUUAUUGGGCAAGACACUGAACCCCAAGUUGUUCCCAGUGGCCUUGACAGUUCAACUAUCCGUGUGUUUGCGCGUGUGUAAGAGUUGGCGCCUCGGUUCUGUACCGCAGACUAAUUCCUUGUGUGUGUGUGUGUGUAACUUACGUGGCUAUAGCAAGUGAUUAUCACGACACAGCUUCUUUUCCACAUCUUCCUCUGCUUUCACUUACUGUGACCCGAGGCAGUCUCGUCAUUAAAUAUCAUAAUUUAUUUCUGACAUUGAGAAUUUAUUCUGCAUUGUAAUUGUAAAUAGAAACAGUGGGACAACUGAAGUGUUGCACUCUGCAUCACACUAUACAAGACGAAAGCCAGUAGGGCCGAGCUCCAAAUGCAGCUAUAGCUAUUUGCUGCGCCCACUUUUGAAUGAUGGUAUGUGCAUUGUGGCAUGUACAAAUUACAGACCUGUUCCUUUACUUAGCUUUUGUGACAAGUGAGCAUCGAACCGGGUCUUUAAGAUAGACUACACUGUUCUUUUAUUUUGUGCUUUCAUUGUGUAUUAAGAUAGUAUUUUUUACGAAGGUUGGACACGUCAACGUUGUCACUAUAAUGUACUGUACUUUCAGACAGAUUUAUAAAUACGGUGGCAUGCUAUCAUUACAGUUUUUGUUUACAAUGUGAGCGCGACAUGAUCAUUGUUUUUUAUCGAUGCUGCCAGGUACAUGGCUAAUAAUACUGGGUCUGUCUAUAUAAAUAAACGUUAUAAUAAUGAGUGAUCCUUGUGUUCAUA